GUUUGUUACUAAACACUAAGUGCCAGUUGUCUGCUGCAGUUUUGACUUGUGUAGUGGAAUCGAAGGAAGCCGUCAGCUUCCAGCUCUCUUCACAGUAACAGCACUUGGAUGUGGGGCACAGCUAAGCGCUACUGCCAGCAAACGCAAAUAAUUGUUUGGUAACCAAUACGACGUCACCCGUGCCGGUAGUACAGACGGCGCUGGUAGCAGGUGCGUGUGGCGUAUUGCCAUUGGCGAACCACUUCCCAACUCCAGCCCACCACUGCCUACAGGCUACAGCUAUAGGAAGUCUUGGCGGCAAACAAUAACGAUCAUGUGUUCACAGGAGCAGCUUACCCAGUACGCGGAGGAGGGCUAUGUCGUCCUCAGCGACGUGUACUCACAAGACGAGAUCAGCGAGUGUCAGCGGGAGUAUGAUGCGAUGUUUGAGCGUGCUCAGAAGCGUGGAAACGACCUGGAGGCCACAUGGAAGGGAGACUAUUCAGAAAAGAAGCAAGACUCCAGCGUUUUGAGUAUUCACAAUGUUCAGUUUCAUAGCUCGACGUUCAUGAAGAUGAUGCUGAACGAGAAGCUCGGCGUGGCCUUGGAGCAGCUCAUGAACACGCCGAAUAUACAGCUACACCACACGAAGGCACACGUCAAGCCGGCGCUCAAGGGAAGCCCUUUCCCAACGCAUCAAGAUUACCAGUACUUUCCUCAUGAGAACCACUCCAUGAUUGCAGUGAUGGUGCAUCUCGAGGACGCUGCCGAGGUGAACGGAUGCAUCUGUGCUUAUCCCAAGUCGCACAAGCUGGGUCCGCUGCCCGACCACGGCGAGGGCAAACACCACUACUGCGACCAGUCGGAGUAUCCCGUUGCCAAGGCAACACCAAUCCCUGUCAAGCAAGGUGAAGUGCUGGUGUUCCCCUACUUUCUGGUACACGGCAGCUAUCCAAACAAGAGUUCCACUCCGCGUCGCAUUCUCCUGUUUCAACUGCGUGAAGCUGGUGAUGAGCCCACGUCUGCCAUUCACCUUAGUCCCGGAAUGGGAUUGAUGAUUCGCGGCAUCAAUCCAGCAAUGGAUGCUGACAUCAACAAGAGACAUCAGAAGGACAGCGACGACACUGCAGCUGAACCCUCAGCCAGGAGAGCUAUGUGAUGACUCAGCUAGAUGUAGCACAGCAGCAGGGGAAUUCCUUUUUCUGCAAGCUGCAUUACAUCAUCAGGGGAAUUCCCUUCUCUGCUAGCUGUAGCGGAGCAUCAGGCGAAUUCCCUUCACCUUUCCGGCAGCCCCCUGGGGGGAACGUCAGCACAAUUUUUUAACCCUCUUUCUGGUGAUCAUUGGCCAGCAGUGACAAAUUACGAUAUCGAACAAGAUUUCUCGACUUGAAUUGACACUCAAAAUGGUGGUAGCAAAAUUCCAGGAUCCUAAUCUAAAUCUUCUCCGCUCUCUUCUUUUAGUCUUUUAUAUCUUUUAUAUCAGUAGGUUUACUCAAAAAUAAUUUUUUCGACAUUAAUAAAAGAAUUUUUAUCUAAAGGGUGAAUAGCAGCUAAAUAGAGCGGUUGUCAAUUGACAACCCCUCUUUUUUUUAUUUACAAUGCAGUUGCGUGAUGUCCAUCACUUUCUCAACGAGUUUUACUCAAUAAGCGUUUUAAAUAUUUUCCCGUUUGGAUAUGGACCACCUGAUCUGCACGAUAAGCACCCUUGUCUAUGGCGUUUGGAGUGGGAUGUAAGUCGCAUAGAUAUAAUUAUACCCUACUAGGCUCCAGUCGAAAUUAUGUAUACUAUAAUUAUGCUAUUUGCAGUUUUCUUGAUUUGUUUUGCCCAGUGCUGGCCAGACGCUGGUGCAUGCGUAACUUUGAUGAUAAUUUUUCACGUGUGUUUCACCUGUA